AUGUGGCCAGGACGUCUUCUGGUAGCGUCUUUCCUCCUUUCUCCAGUCCCAGUUGUUCUUGCUAUAAAAGAACUUCCUAAGGCAAAGAAGUAUGAAGUGGUUUAUCCCAUAAGACUUCAUCCACUACAUAAAAGAGAGGUCAACAAGCCAGAGAAACAGGGACCAUUUGAAACCGAAAUAAGGUAUAAAAUGACAGUUAAUGAAAAAAUCGCAGUGCUUUAUUUGAAAAAAAACAAGAAUCUCCUUGCACCAGGCUACACAGAAACAUACUACAAUUCCACUGGAAAGAAUGUCACCACGAGCCCACAAAUCAUGGAUGACUGCUACUACCAAGGGCACAUCAUUAAUGAGAAAGUUUCUGAGGCAAGCAUUAGCACAUGUAAGGGUCUCAGGGGCUACUUCACUCAAGGAGAUGAAAGGUAUUUCAUUGAACCUUUAAGGCCCACAAAUCAGGAUGAACAAGAACAUGCACUCUUCAAGGAUGACCCCAAUGAAGACAAAGCUAAUGGCACCUGUGGGACGGAUGAUGUGUUAGGGGUACAUGGCUCACACCAGGAUUUGGCCCUAUCUGCCACCAGAUUAAUCAAGUUGAAUGACCAGAAGGUUCAGGAGCAAAAGAAAUACAUAGAAUAUUACGUGGUCCUGGAUAAUGGUGAGUUUAAGAAGUACAGUGAAGAUCUAGAUGAAAUAAGAAAGAGAGUGUUUGAGAUGGUCAAUUACAUCAACAUGCUUUAUAAAAAGCUCAAUACUCACGUGGUGUUAGUUGGGAUGGAAAUCUGGACAAAUGAAGAUAAGAUAAAGAUAACCCCAAAUGCAAACUCCACCUUGGAAAACUUUUCCAAAUGGAGGAGGAGUGACCUUCUCAGAAGAAAGCACCAUGAUAUUGCUCAGUUGGUCUCCUCAACAGACUUUUCUGGAGCAACAGUGGGCCUUGCUUUCCUGUCUUCAAUGUGCUCUUCUUACCAUUCUGUUGGCAUUGUUCAGGACCACAGUAACAACCAUCUUAGGGUCGCAGGGACAAUGGCCCAUGAAAUGGGCCACAACCUUGGGAUGUUUCAUGAUGACUAUACUUGCAAGUGCCCCUCAGCAGUCUGUGUGAUGGAGAAAUCAAUAAGAUUCUAUAUGCCCUCGGACUUCAGUUCCUGUAGCCGUGACAGCUAUGACAAAUUCCUUGAAGAUAAAUUAUCAAAUUGCCUGUUUAAUACUCCAUUGCCUACAGAUAUCAUAUCCAUCCCGAUAUGUGGGAACCAGGUGGUAGAAAUGGGAGAGGACUGUGACUGUGGGACCAUUGAGGAAUGUACCAAUGUUUGCUGUGAUGCUAAAACAUGUAAAAUCAAAGCAGGAUUUCAAUGUGUGUCAGGAGAAUGCUGUGAAAAAUGCCAAAUUAGAAAGGCCGGGAAGGUAUGCAGAGCAGUGAGACAUGAGUGUGACCUGCCUGAAAUGUGUGAUGGUAAAUCUAGUCACUGUCCUGGUGACAGAUUCAAAGUCAAUGGCUUCCCUUGCCAAAACGGAAGGGGCUACUGUUUGAUGGGGAAAUGCCCCACACUGGAGCAGCAGUGCGUGGAUAUGUGGGGCUCAGGAACCAAAGUUGCAGAAAAGUCAUGCUACCACAGCAAUGAAAACAGAUCAAAGAUCGGGUAUUGUCACAUGGUGAAUAACACACGCAUUCCUUGUAAAGCAAAAGACAUCAUGUGUGGGAAGUUGUUCUGUCAAGGUGGGUCACGUGAUUUGCCUUGGAAAGGAUUUACAGUAUCUAUCCUGACUUGUAAAAUGUUUGAUCCUGAAGAUACUAGCCAAGGAAUAGGGAUGGUGGCCAAUGGAACAAAGUGUGGAAAUAGCAAGGUAUGCAUUAAUGCAGAGUGUGUGGACAUGGAGAGGACCUACAAGUCAACCAAUUGCUCUGCUAAGUGCAAAGGACAUGCUGUGUGUGACCAUGAGCUACAAUGCCAGUGUGAGGAAGGAUGGGCCCCUCCUGACUGUGAUGACCCCUCUACGGUCUUCUAUUUCUCCAUUGUGGUGGGGGUGCUUUUCCCAGUGGCAGUCAUAUUUGUGGUGGUUGCUAUAGUAAUCCGGUACCAAAAUGUCAGAGGAAAGCAGAAGAAAGUUCAGAGGCCACUAUCCAUCCCUGCCACCAAGCCCUACAAGCAAAAGCGCAAACCCCAGACACAGAAAGCUGUUCAACCCCAAGAGAUGAGUCAGAUGAAGAAGCUCCAUGUGUCUGAUCAGUUCCUAGAAGAUGGUGAGCCUCCUGCUUCUGUGCUAAUCACAAAACCAGAUUUUCCACCACCACCGAUUCCUACAACUGUAUCAUCUUCCUACUUCCUUGUAAGUAUCAGUGACCACGUGAUGGAGAUUUUCUGA